AUGUCUUCAUCAUUAUUCAAUAAUAACAAUCAAAACGCCAAAUCAGGCGAAAAUCAGCAAGGCUCUUCUUCCGAAGAAAAAUUGAUGAACCAUCAUCAUUCUGAAGAUGAUACCUCUUAUCAUUUGGAAAUUACCAUCACCAGUAGUAACACGGGUACCAUGGUUCAGAAUGUUUUUACUUCCUCCUCUUCAUCAAGAAUAUUAAUGCACCAAGAUGAACCAACAACGACAUCUUCCGCUGAGUUGUUGCCGAAUACAGUGUUGGACCCAUCCAACACACUCUCUUCUUCCGAUGAUAAUAACAUGCCUCCACCUCCUCCACGAACGAGCUUCUUCAGUGGUAAUUUUCCUUCUCUAUUGAUGAACCACUCUUCAUCCACCCUUGUUCCUCAACAAACUCCAUCUCAUGUUUUUUAUUUUCAAAGCGGCAAUAACGGAGCCUUGUUUCGCUUCAUUCCGCUAUUUGAAAUGAUUCAAGAAUUGGUCGAUGGUGAGGAAUGGAGAAGUGUCAAGUUGAGUAGUGAGAGACCUACAAAGACCACACCAAACUUGAAUAACAGAACAUCAAGUCGAGAGGAAAACCAAAUUAUGGAACAUGUCAAUUUCGUUGAGGGAAUGGAAACAUCCUCUCCUCUAAAAAGAAAAAGAUGUGAUGACUCUUCUGAAACCAUGGUUGCAUCUUCUUGCGAAAUGACGAGUAGUGAGUCAUCCGAAAUGACAAGUAGUGAGCAUACACUAGCUACCAAUCACUCGAACAACAACACCUCCCUUUCAUUGUCCUCUCCUUCCAACACAAUUACUGACUCUACUUGCGUGAAAAAAACAAAAUUUUCAUGCAUGAACUUUGAUGACCUACCCAUUCAUAUUCGACGACAUAUUCUAGGUUACAUCUACGUUCCAUUUCAAGAAUGCUUCUUUUCAUAUCCAAUUUUGCACUUGAAUAUUCAAAGAAUGUUUGGAAGAUUUAAAAAUGAUCCUUCCCGCAAAAUUUAUUUAAUUUAUUCAAGUUUAGGAAUGAAAUUGAAGGAUCAAAUUGGUCAAUCGACACCCAUGUACAGAAGUGCAAAAGAUGUCAAGUUACUCAUUGAUCCAAAAGUUAGCAAUUUGAAUUUCCUUUCUGGAUUUACAAGUUUAGAGAAAUUAAGUCUCUAUUUAACGGAUUGCAAUUUCUUAACCUUAUUAGAAAAACACUCUAAAAUAUUACCAAAGAUUACCUUUUUAAGCUUAAUUUUAUACAAGGACUUCUCUGAGUAUCAUUAUAGAGAAACGUUUUGCCAAUUAACCAAUUUGAAAACUCUCGAACUAUUCUCUGACCUUGAACGGUUUUCCAUAAAAGGAACUAAAUUUAACUUGCCUCCCAAUCUGACCACCCUAAGAUUGCUAAAUUAUGAAUUUAUUGAUUUUGCAUGCAUUUGCCAUAACGCUCAGAUAACCUCUCUAACCGUGGUAGAUUCAUGCAAUUUAGCAAAUAUUGACCAAAUUUCUAAUUUAAGAAAUUUAAAGAGACUUAAAAUUAACGAAGAACAAACCUUUGAUGGACAAAAUAUUGAUUUGAGUGCAAUUUUCCAGUUAGACACUCUCGAACGAUUAUCUCUUCCUCUUGUUUCAUUUAAAUAUCGAUUAACAGGAUUGAGAAGUUUACAAACUUUAAGAAUUUACAUUGAAGACGCCACUUUACCACAAAUUGAGAAUUAUGCCAAUUACAUUUUAGAAUGUACCACAUUGAAAAAUUUGAAAUUUGAAUUUGCAGAUGAUUUACCUCACAAUGUUCAAAAUAGAUUUAUUGACAUUAUUUCUCAACAUCCUGCCAUUGAGAGUUUACAAUUAAUUUGUGAGAACAUUACCGAUGAUCAAUUGGUGAAUUAUUUUUUCAAUAAGAAUGAACGUAAUGUUCGAUUUCCAUCACUCACUGCUUUGGAUAUUUCCCUGUGUGAUGAUUUGAGUUUAAUGCCAUUCCGAUAUCUACUCGAGAGAAAUGAUUUAAUAUUAGAUCAUUUCAAGACCAUUAAAUUACCUGCUCAUUUGGUAUCUUCGGGUGUCGAUGAAUGCCUCAAUGUAUUAAUUCCUUCCAUUUCAUUUGUUGGAGGCGAUUCCGCAUUGAGUAGUAGUUAUGAUUUUGAUUUGGCUGAUUUUGAUGAUGAUGAUGACUCGACCACGAAUGAGGAUGGAGAGGAUGAUGAUGACGACUCGGAACUGCUGUCUGAAAUUUUAUCCACUACGGCAGCGGCGGCAGAUUUUUUACCAGAUUCGUCCGAUGAUGAGAUUUUGGAGCGUUUUGUCAUGUAA